GGGAAAAACAAACAUUUAGGAAUAUCAAACAAUGUCAAGCAUGUCGUUCUCAAAAUUUGAGAACUGCUUCAAUGUCUUUAGAACAAGAGGAUUGUUCCGAUUAUCAAGAAAUGAAGAUUCGGUUGGAGAUCCUGGCACCGGCAAAUCGCAAUUACUUCGUGUUGCUUCUCGAUUGACUACACGAUCUGUCUUUACAACCGGCGUUGGAAGUACUGCCGCUGGACUUACAGCAGCUGCUGUCAGAGAUUCGGAUGGUUGGCAUUUAGAGGCAGGGGCUUUAGUGCUUGCAGACGGAGGUGUAUGUUGUGUGGAUGAGUUCACGACAAUGAGUUCGCAUGAUAGAACCUCUGUACACGAAGCAAUGGAACAGCAAACAAUCUCCAUCGCCAAAGCCGGCAUGGUGAGCACAUUAAACAGCCGCUGUUCCGUUAUUGCAGCUAUCAAUCCGGACGGUGGAUGUUUUACGGGCGAUGAUUGGAAGACCUGCUUAGGAAAUCCUCUUUUGUCACGCUUCGAUCUGAUUCUUCUUUUAAAAGAUACUAGAAAUCCCGAAUGGGAUAAGUUGGCGUCGAGUCACAUUUUGAAAGCAGCCUGUGAAGAUGAAGAAAAUAAUUCAUAUUCUGAAACAUUUAUGGGUCCUUUAAAUUUAACGGGCUUGUGGUCAGAAGAGACUCUUUGCGAAUAUUUCACACAUGUACAUACGUUAAAACCAGUACUAACCGAAGAGGCACAGAAGAUACUCAGUGCAACUUAUCUUCAUCAUAGAUCAGACCCACAAAGAAGGCCUGAGAGAACAACAGUGCGACUCUUAGAUAGUCUUAUCAGAAUGGAUGUAAGCUCGUUGGUACCAGCAGGACUUCAAGGAGGACAAACGGAUGCCUGCCAGAUUCAGGCGGGAUACAAUAAACUUUCGGAAAAUUUGCGAAGAUUCACACCACAAGCUAUACAGUGUGCUAUUUUUUGCGGCGGAUCCAGAUGCAAGUAUGAAAAUCCAAAAGCCUGGCCGGCUGUCCACAUGGCAAUACAGAACAUCUUUUCGCAUUGGGUAACUGAUGAUGUCCUUGCAAUGGCACGACCCAAUACUGCACAGAUAAUAAAAAAAGACAUAAUUGCCCAAUUUCAAGGGUGGAAUAUAAAAACCAUAAUAAAUCUGCAAACACCAGGCGAACACGCAAGUUGUGGUGGUUCGCUAGAAGAGAGCGGUUUUACAUAUGAUCCUAACAUUUUUAUGAAAAAUAACAUUUAUUAUUAUAAUUUCGCCCUAAAGGAUUAUGGUAGCGCCACGGUGGGGAAACUUUUGGACAUGGUCAAGGUUGUGGCCUUUGCCGUGCAAGAAGGAAGAGUGGCCAUUCACUGUCAUGCUGGUCUUGGCAGAACCGGUGUUCUGAUAGCGUGCUACCUUAUUUACAGUCUUCGUGUAAGGGCGAACGAUGCCAUUAGAUUUGUUCGCAUGAAGCGUCCCUCCGCCAUACAAACGCGCGGACAAAUAAUUUGUAUUCAGGAAUUUGAACACUUUGUACUUCCGCAAAUGAUAGUAUUCCCUUUGCACAGUACAACGGGGGAUCGCAAACCCUAUAGCCUUCAAUCGUACCUGAAAAAACAAUAUAACAUGUUACACGGAUAUGAGCAGCGUACCUUCAAGCAUAUUCCAAAAAUCGUUUUUAUUAUUUGCGAGCGGAUACUACAACUCUGCGAUUGUCAGGAAGAUAAUUCGGCUUCUGAGAUUGCAUAUACGAUUUCCAACGUGCCUUUUACUCAAAAAUUCAUUUGUCACGUCUUGGAGAAAUUUCGUGACAAGGGUAAUAUGCGACACUCCUAUUCAUGGGCGGAAUCCCUUACGGAUUCCUAUGAAUAUUCAACUUCCACAAAAGCGUGCAGUAGUAGUCAAGGUUCGUCCCGAGAUACCUGUGAUGAUAUAGGAAGAUUGAGUGACGUAUUUUGUAUAUCACCAGAUACUCCUUCCUGUGACUCUACAUUUCCAGGUCUGGACGACAGUUGCGUGGAUGAUGUCUUAGGCGAUGGCAUUCAUGAUCAGGAUCUGCUUGAUAACGACUGUUACAAAGAGAUUCAGUCGCACAUGGAUUUGAAAAGCGUCUCCCGUAAUGAUUAUGAAAGAGUGACGGCCGAAGAAGCUAUCAAAGCGCUCAUCAGAGAUAGUGUUUCACUUCCUAAUCCUAUAAAGAAACGUUUGCAGAAUUAUCAGAGUGACUUAAAUCAUCGAUGUACUGCUUGGCAGCGAUUAGAAUUGGAAACUAAUUUAGAGUUAUUAUCAGCAUUAUUGUUCGAAUGGUUGGAAAAUCUGAAGCAUCCUCUUCUUGAUGUUGACAGCCUUAGUUUCAUUGUCGUGUGGAGUUCAAAGCCGCAGCGAUGCCUUGAAAAACUAUCUGUUUGUACAAGAUACUUAUUAGAAUAUCUUUUGCGGUUCAUUACUCGCUUAAGACCUGUGACAGCUGAAAGCCAGAGUUUAAUUACCAAAAGGCUAAUGGCGGCACUGACGCAGCAAACAAUUUGGAUCAAAAAUUAUUUUCAUCCCUCACAUAAACAUUUCCAGAAAUUGCGACGCGGUACCGCUGGUAAGCUCAAUGAAUUCUUCAUUCGCCUGAUGAAUUUGAUAGAAGAAGUUAACACUCAAGGAUUAGACAAGCCUCCAUGGACAUCGAAAUGGGAAUUAUUAUCUAAUCACUUGCGGGAUAUAGAUAGUCAGAAAAAUAAUGGAUGA